AUGGUGGCUUUUACUGAAGGUUGUAGUGCUAUAUUGAAGAAUAAAAUUCCUCCUAAAUUGAAAGAUCUAGGCAGUUUUGCAAUUCCUUGUUCUAUUGGUGGUAUAGAUGUCGGUAGAGCACUUGGUGACUUAGGGGAUAGUAUUAAUUUGAUGCCCAUGUCGAUUUUCAAGAAUUUGGGAAUUGGAGAAGCAAGGCCAACCACUGUCACUUUACAAUUAGCGGGUCGAUCUAUGGCACACCCGGAAGUGGAUAGAGAUGUUCCAAUAAUUUUGGGAAGACCAUUUCUUGCCCCCGGAUGGACUUUGAUUGAUGUUCAAAAUGGAGAGCUUACUAUGAGAAUGAAUGACCAACAAGUGACCUUUAAUGUGUUCAAUUCUAUGAACUUUCUGGAUGAGAUUGAGGAAUGUUCUUCUUUGAGUGUGAUUGAUACUAUUGUGUCUAAAAAACUACUAAAAGAAACUUGUAAAGAUGGAUUGGGAGUGAUUUCACUUGAAGAGCUUGAAGAAAUGAGUAAAGAUGAAGAAACCCAAGUUACAUGGGUAGAAUCCAAGCAGUCUUUUACUAAAGUUGGAAGGAAUUUUAAGUCCUUAGAGUUAUCGGAAAGAAAUUUCAAGCCUUCCAAGUCAUCUAUUCAAGAACCACCAAAGUUGGAAUUGAAGCCUUUGCCUAAUCAUUUGAAAUAUGCUUAUUUGGGUUGUGAAGAGACUUAA